AUCGCUUGUUGUUAUUUAUGCGGCAACAAGCAGGUACAACGCGUUGUUUUGUCAAUUGUUCUAGAACAUCAUUUGAUUUUCCGUGGAUAAAUACGUUUAGGAUGUUUGGAUUGAUAAUUUCGGGACGUUUGCCGCAAACCGACUUCACACCCGUGGACGAGAAUAAGGUUGUUAUCAACGUACCAGACAUUGAUCAUGUGAACUAUAUUGUGGUAUUCUUGACUGGUGUAACAGCGCUUCCCGAAGGUACAGCAGCCGCGGUAUACUUUAGCUGGCCUGAUGCAAAUUCAGCUCCAACAUGGCAAUAUUUGGGCUACGUCUCCAACGCCAAACCGUCAGCGAUCUUUAAAAUAUCUCAGUUAAAAAAAAGUAAUGAACUGGAGGCAGCGGAAAACGGCAUGAUUUUCGGAGCACAAGAGAUUUCAUGUACUGCCCAAAUUGGUAUAUCAGUGGAACCGGAGCUAACAAUUUCUCACCUAACGCCGGCAGUG